GCUUGGAGGCCCUGUUCCUGUUCUGGAUUAUUCUUCGUUCUUUGCUCCCCUCCCAGGCUAACGUGAUCUGAAUUGCAAGGGGCCCACCACGUGCCAGGACCCAUUCACAGACACGGCAGCCGUGGUGAUGGACAAUGGCACUGGCUACACCAAGGCCGGUUUCGCCGGAGACGACAAGCCCCGGGUGGUGGUGCGCUCGCUGGUGGGCGUCCCGAACCAGAGCUGCGAGGAGCCGGGCAAAGCGCCCGACUACUACGUCGGGGCUGCCAUUCCCGCCGACUCCUGGGUGGUCAAGACGCCGGUGGUGACCAACGGCGUCGUCACCGACUGGGACGCCCUGGAGAUGCUCUGGCACCACGUCUUCUACCAGGAGCUGCGGGUGGCGCCCGAGGAGCACGCCAUCCUGCUGUCCGACGCCCCGCUUUCACCCCCUACCAACCGGGAGAAGGCCGCCGAGCUGCUGUUUGAGGGGUUUGGCGUGCCGGCCAUGUACGUGGCCCACCAGUCGCUGCUGUCCCUCUACUCCACCGGCCGGACAUCAGGCCUCAUCGUCGAGUCGGGCCUGGGCGUCUCCUACACGGCGCCCGUCCACAACGGCUACACCAUGCCCCACGCCACCUUCCGCCUGGACCUGGCAGGCGGGGGGCUGACAGAGUACAUGGCCAAGCUGCUGGAGGAGUGCGGCAACCCCUUCAGCGCCGAGGAGAUGCACGUGGUGACCAACAUCAAGGAAACCUGCUGCUACGUGGCGCAGGACUUCAACGAGGAGAUGGUGGCCAACGAGAACGACUACCUGACCGACUACGAGCUGCCCGACGGCCACGUCAUCACCAUCGGCAACGAGCGCUUCCGCUGCCCGGAGUCGCUCUUCAAGCCUGAGGUGGUAGGCCUCACUGACCCGGGCCUGCACGCCCUGGCCGUGAAGAGCCUGGACAGGUGCCCGGCCGAGCACCAGCUCGAGCUCCUCACCAACAUCGUGCUGUCGGGCGGCUCCUCCAUGUUCCCGGGCUUCGCCGAGCGGAUCCAGCGCCAGAUCGGCGCCCUGUUCCCCGGACGCGCCAAGCUCAACGUCUACGCCUCGCCCCAGCGCAAGUUCUCGGUGUGGAUUGGGGGCUCCAUCACUGCCUGCCUCAACACCUUCCAGUCCAUGUGGGUCAGCCGAGAGGACUACGACGAGAAGGGCCCAGGCAUUGUCCAGCGCAAGUGCUUCUGA